AUGCAGGCGGAGCAUCAGCGUCUCCUCACACAGCACGCCGCCAUCGUCAGGGAGCACGAACACAUGACGUCCUCACAGGCGGCUGCUCUGCGAGAGCUGGAGGCACGGAACGCGGAUGUCUUUCGUCUGCAGCGUCAGCUGGAGGAGGCGCAGGCAGCAGCGGCACUGAACACGGAGGAAGCUGCAGCAGCAGGCGUCCAGCAGCCCGGCGGGGCUGCGCCUCGCGGCAGCUCGGUCCGGCCCGGCGGAUACAGGGCUUCCAGACCGCCGCCCCUGCAUGUGAGCGGGCACUCCUCCGCAGUCGACGAGGAGCGGUGGGCUCUGCGCCUGCACAAGGCGGAGCGUGCGCUGGAGGAGGAGCGGCGAGUGAGCGAGGACCUGCGGCAGCAGCUGAAGUGUGCGGAGGCCGAGUCGCGUGCCACCCUCAAAAAGUUGAAACAG